AUGGGGAAGAGAGGAGUGUUUUUGUUUUUGUUGUUGGCGUUGUGGCUGGCUAUGUCUGCAGGGACUUGGGGCCAGGACGCCAAGGAGACGCUGAACUUGGCUGCUGGAACAGCCCAGCACAAAACGCACGAGACCUUCAAAGCUGCCAAGGAAAACACCGAGUCGUGGGUUGAUCGUACCUUCGGCAAAAUCGCAGAGGGGUUAGGAUUCGGCCAGGAAAAUGCAAAAGAGAAGGCUAAGAAUAUGAGGGACAAAGCUGGGGAUGCAGCCUCUGUGGCUACAGAAAGAUUAAGAACGAGCACUUUUGGAUCUUCGGACACCGAUUCUGUUCAUGACAACUUUGAUCCCUCUAUAAGGAUGCCUACUGAUACAGUUGACAAUGCCAAAGAGACCGUGACAAGGGCAAUGGGUUCUGGCAUGGAUAGAGCAGCAAAUGCCUACGAUGAAGCAAAGAAUACAAUGAAUAGGGCUACAGGCGCGGCUUCUGAUAAGGUUUAUGAUGCAAUGGAAUAUGGAAAGGACAGAACUGCCGGUGCCUAUGAUGAAGCCAAGGAGAAAGUGAACACGGCCUCGGAUAAGGCCUACGAUGCCAAAGAGACAGUGAGAGGGGCAAUGGGUUCUGGAAUGGACAGAGCAGCGAAUGCUUAUGAUGGAGCAAAGAAUGCAAUGAAUAGGGCUAUGGGUUCGGCCUCUGAUAAGGCUCAUGACUCAAUGGAAUAUGGAAAAGAAAGAACUACCAAUGCCUAUGAUGGAGCCAAGGAGGGAGUGAACGUGGCCUCCGAUAAGGCUCAUGACGCAAUGGAAUAUGGAAAAGAAAGAACUGCUAAUGCCUAUGAUGGAGCCAAGGAGGGAGUGAACAUGGCCGCCUCUAAUAAGGCCUACGAUGUCAAAGAGGCAGCCAGAGGGGCAAUUGGUUCUGGAAAGGACAGAGCGGCGAAUACCUAUGAUGAAGCGAAGAAUAUAAUGAAUAGGGCAACGGGUUCGGCUUCUGAUAAGGCAUAUGAUGCAAUGGAAUAUGGAAAAGAAACAACUGCCAAUGCCUAUGAUGGAGCCAAGGAGGGAGUGAACAUGGCAUCCAAUAAGGCCUACGACGCCAAAGAGACGGUGCGAGGGGCCAUGGGUUCUGGAAUGGACAGAGCAGCCAAUGCCUAUGAUGGAGCCAAGGAGGGAGUGAACAUGGCCUCCAAUAAGGCCUACGAUGCCAAAGAGACGGUGCGAGGGGCCAUGGGUUCUGGAAUGGACAGAGCAGCCAAUGCCUAUGAUGGAGCAAAGAAUACAAUGAAUAGGGCUAUGGGUACGGCUUCUGACAACACUCAUCACGCAAUGGAAUACGGAAAAGAAAGAACUGCCAAUGCCUAUGAUGGAGCCAAGGAGAGAAUGAACAUGGCCUCAGAUAAGGCCUACGAUGCCAAAGAGGCAGCCAGAGGGGCAAUUGGUUCGGCUUCUGAUAAGGCUUCUGAUGCAAUGGAAUAUGGAAAAGAAAGAACUGCCAAUGCCUAUGAUGGAGCCAAGGAGAGAAUGAACAUGGCCUCCAAUAAGGCCCACGAUGCCAAAAAAAUGGUAGCGGGAGGAAUUGAUUCUGGGACGGAAAGAGCAGCCAAUUCAUACGAUGAAGCAAAACAAAAUGUUGGGGAGUCAUACAAGUCAGCUAAGGACUGCAUGACUGGACAUGCCAAGCAUAACUAUGAGGCUGCAAAGGAGAGUGCCUCGCAGGCUGCAGGAGAUGUCGGCGCUACCAUGAGGAAUGCUGGUUCAGAGAUAUAA